GAUCGCACAAAAGUCAUCAUAAAUUUCAUAUUUUACUUCUUCUAAUUGUUCUUCAUCAUGCUCGCCGACUCAAGCCAACCAUCGCCCUCAACCAUUUCAACUAUAUCAUGCCCGCCCGCCUGCUGCUCAGUUCCAAAUAUAUAUAUAAAAAAAAACGUAGCUAUAUAAUAUGAUGGAUGGAGAAAACGAAAUAGAAGAGAGAGAACAAAAGCCAUUCAUAGCCAUCUUCUUUAUCUUCCAACGUUCAACUCCUCUCAAUGAUGUGGACAACAACAACAACACGGCCCAAAAAGGGCAAGGGACUUCAAAAAAUCGUGAGCUCAAGCAGAAAAACCAAAGAUCAACCUGUGAUCAAGCCAUACCAAGCCAGCUCAAAUAAACAGUGAGAUACAUCGACUUCAUGCCGCCCAAAAAAAAAAAAAAAAAAAG